GCACCGCCUUACGUGUCGUCAUGUGUCUUUUAGUAUAGAUGUGUAGGGUCUGCGGAGAGGAGUCGGUAAAAUUGGUUGUUUUCAGGGUUUUGUUUGUGUGGUAGGAAGCGCUACAGUAACGGGUUUACGGCAAAGAGAAAUAUUGAACACACAAUUCGCUGUUCAGUCGCACAUUUUAAAUUCAAAUAGUUCAUAGUGCGAAUAUUCAAUCACACCUGUUCUGUCCAGAAUUUUUCCACUUUACAAAUUGUGUUAUAAUAUAAUAUUCAUGCUUGGCCGGAAAGCUGUUUCUACUUCUAGGGGACUAAUUUUUUGCUGCUCUCAAUCCGCUGGAAAACUCAGUUUAAGACAGCUGUGCAGGAUGUCUUUCAGGCCAGUGGCAGCAGUCUGUCAGGUGAACUCUACACCAGACAAGGAAGUUAACUUUGCUGCUUGCGUGCGAUUGGUGGAGAAGGCAAAAGAAGGCGGGGCCAAUAUGGUUUUCCUCCCUGAGGGCUUUGACUACAUCGGUUCCAGCCAAAAAGAAACUUUGCAACUGUCGGAAAACCUUACAGGGGACACAAUCUCACGUUACUCGGACCUUGCCAGGAAGCUGAACAUAUGGCUUUCCCUGGGGGGAUUUCAUGAAAGAGGAGAUGACUGGGAACAUGAUAGGCGGAUCUACAAUACUCACCUCAUCAUUAAUGGAAUGGGUCACAUUGUGUCAGUGUACAGAAAAUGUCAUCUGUUUGAUGUGGAACUACCAGAAAAGAAGGUGUCCCUCAAGGAAAGUGCCUUCACCAUCCCUGGACAGAGUCUUUCACCCCCUGUUCAGACCCCAAUUGGAAAGGUUGGACUUGGUAUUUGCUAUGACCUAAGAUUUCCGGAACUCUCAGUGGCACUUCUGCGUCAGGGAGCAGAAAUUCUGACGUAUCCAUCAGCUUUCACAGUGGCAACAGGAACAGCUCACUGGGAGGUGCUGCUUCGUGCCAGAGCUGUUGAGACUCAGUGCUUUGUUUUGGCUGCUGCCCAAGUGGGAUGCCACCAUGCAAAGCGUGCAUCAUAUGGCCAUGCUUUGGCAGUUGACCCCUGGGGUGAGGUACUUGGUGACUGUGGAGGUACAGAGGUAGGCUUAACACUGGUGGAGAUUGACAUGGACAAGCUCAGAGACAUAAGAAGGAACAUGCCAGUGCUGCAACAUCGACGAGAGGAAAAGUUCUACUAUAGCCUAGAUUGAAAAUAUUGUAUUUUUAGUGCCAUUUAAUCUUCGUUGUAAUAUUCCAUGAAUAAUCCAAUCAGUUGACUGGUGAUUGAGUGCUUUGAAGGAGCUGCACAUUUGUGUUCUUUCCAAUAUAUACUAAUACAAUGUUUUAAUAAUUAUAAAAUGUGCAGUAAAUUAUCUGUUAAUUUUAAACAAUGUUUUGUUUUCUGUUUUUGUUUUUUUUUUUUUUUUUUUUUUAACAGUUAACCACAGCUAAGACACAAGCACAGCAGCAGACUGAGUGUCCUAGCUGUGGCCUUGCAGUUAGUCAAAGUUGAGACACACCAGCACAAUAGUUGGAUAGAAGCAUAAAAUUAGUAAUAAAAAGUUGAGGAAUAAUUAAUGAAUAAAUUGCAGGAAAUAAGUUUUGCAGAAAAGCUGUUAUGUCCCUGUGUAUGAGUGGGUGUGUAUUUUUCUUUCUUGUUCUGUCUCUCUCACCCCCUCACUCUCUAUACAGCUAUCCUGUUUGUCAUUUGUAUAUCUUCUUGUCAUGCUUUAUUAGUGAUGCCAUCACUGUUUCACCGCCAGCCAAUCAGACCCCCUGCCGCAAGUUUAAAACAGCAGAAGUUGGAUCCUGCGCCCCCAACUUGUUCCUCGCAUUGCUUAGCUGGAUAUGUUUGGUUUAGAUUUUUUCUAUUCUUUAGCACCACUCAUGUUCCUUUUCCUUAUGUGACCUCAUGUGUUUGUACAUUCCAUGUAUAUCAUGUAAUUAAUCUCCAAGUAUUCACUUGUACAUAGUAAAUCAAACGCUUGCAUGGUGUGUGCAAAAGCGACUAAUGUGUGUGCGCUCCCUAAUAUGCUUCCGUUACAAACAAAUGUGCUAUUGAUAAUAAUUGA